GUAGGGAGUAUUUAUUUCUCAGCAACACAGCAUUCCCUGCCAUCCAUACAGUUAUAUCAGAAGUGGAUUUUGCUUCAUCAGUUGACGUGUAACAGUGAAUAAGUAUGGACAACAAAGACACAUAUUUGCUGAACUUUAAAGGCUAUAAUUUUGAAUCUUCUUUCGUUGAUGCUGACUUUCUAGAAAAUCUAGAUGAUUUUGAAAUUAGAGAUGAUGAUGUCUUCAUAAUUACAUUUCCAAAAUCUGGUACCAUCUGGACUCAGCAGAUAUUAAGCUUGAUUUAUUUUGAGGGUCAUCGUAACAGAACUGAAGACUUGUCAACGCUUGAUAGAAUCCCCUUCUUUGAAUACAAUAUACGCAAAACAGACUUUCUCAACAGACCGUCUCCUCGCCUCUUCUGUUCCCACCUCCCGUAUUAUUUAGUACCAAAAGGUCUCAAGAGCAAAAAAGCUAAAAUUAUUUACGUCUACAGAAAUCCCAAGGAUGUUAUGACUUCAUACUUUCAUUUUUCAAAUCUGGUGGUCCGGUUUGAAGCUGGGAAUGAUAUGGAACAUUUCAUGAAAAGGUUUCUAGAUGGAAAUGUGGUAGGAAGCCGUUGGUUUGAUCACGUCAGAGGCUGGUAUGAGCACAGACAUGACUUCAGUAUUCUGUUUAUGAUGUAUGAGGAAAUGAAAAAGGAUCGCAGAAGUUCUGUGCUUAAAAUCAGCCGUUUUCUUGAGAAAGAACUGGGUGAAGAGGAUGUGGAAGCUAUUGUGGAACAGGCUACAUUUCAGAACAUGCAGUCUGACCCCAGAGCCAAUUACGAUGAGAUUCUAAAAUAUGAAGUUGGGAAAAGAACAGAUGAGGGACAUUUUCUGCGCAAAGGUACCGUUGGAGACUGGAAACAUCACUUGACAGUGGAGCAAAAUGAAAGAUUUGACAAAAUAUUCCAAAGGAAUAUGAAAGAUUUGCCUUUGAAGUUCAUCUGGGAUUUAAACGAGGAGUAAAAUCAGUGUAAAAGAAUUCUAAAAAUAUCUAACUAGAGAGGCUAUUUUAAUAUACACAUUAAUUUGUGCUUCUUAUGCAAAUGUUAAUUAUAAAACUUUAUUAAUAAAAAAUUAGUAAACUGUGCUUAGAUUAGUUGCCAGGAGUUUGAUAAACACUUUGAAAUUUCAAAUAUUAAAAUGGUUUAGGAGAUAGACUGCAUUGAUAUCCUGUAUUAUAAAUUGAAAAACAGGAAGCAUGUAAUAGGAAUUAUAAAUGAUCUGAGUUUUCUGUAGUGUGUAUUUUUUCUUUACCUACAAUUAAAUUGAGUAUCAAUGAAACAUUAAAAUUUAUUGUAUUAUUGUCAUUAAGUAUUAAUGACAAUAAUAAAAUAAAUAAGGUCAAUAGUGUAAACUUUAGUCCAGAGGUGAAUCUUACCCCAAAGACAAAGAGUAUCAUAGCGUCAUCAUAUAGAGAAGAUAUUAAAAAUCCAAGCAUUGUUUUAACUCCAGACAUGGUAUACAUAGUGUGUAUGCUAACUUUACAUUUUUAGUUAACCAGGUCACAUCUCUAUCAACUCUUAUUGAAUUAUAAAUUAAAUAUAUUUUGUUUUAUUUUUUAUAUUCAAAGUUUAGACCAAUUUGCUAGAGCAUCCUUUUGAAACAAUUAGGUUCCCAAACAGUGCCUGACAGUUGACAAAUCACAGUUGAGUGUCUCACCAAGGCAAGUCACAAGAAAUUCUGGGAGAGAGAGA